CACAAACAUGGACACCGAUAAGAAGAAAGCUUCUAAUGCGCAUAAACGCCGCGUAGGAGAAGAUCCACACCGAAAGGAGACACCCAAAGACGAGAAAGAUAUACCUGAAAGUUGCACCACCGCGGAGUAUUGCGAGAAGUUACAGGCAUGGAUGUGCCAGUACUCCACCGGCUUUGUGACUUGGCAGAGCUGGCUGGCGGCGUCAGCAGCCAUGUCCUAUCCGUGUGUUCUACAGUCGGUCAACGGGACGUCGACGGCGCGUCUCGAUCCCAACGCUCAGUACUUCGGUGUCCCCUUGUCGCUCAACGCGGCCGCCUCCGGCUCCCCGAGUAGCCGAGGAGGUGAAGUUGCGGGCGGGGCUGCAGUGCCCACUCAGCCGCAGCAGCUGCCACAGGAGAAUGGAAACGCGCGCAGGCCAGGUCGAGAGUACACCAUCCCCUCACCUCUCCAAAGACUUCUUGCUGAAAUUGUGGACUUCUUCAUUCUGUUUUUCAUCAAAGCGACCAUUAUCAUCAGUAUUAUGCACCUGAGUGGAAUCAAGGAUGUGUCCAAGUUCGCAAUGCAUUUUAUCAUCGACGAAAUAGAUGAGGAAACGUCAAUGGAGGAGUUGCAGAAAAUGAUGCUGGUUGCUCUUGUAUACCCAAUAUUAGUGUGCUUUUAUGAGAUUGUGUGUAUUUGGGGAGCUGGAGGAGCCACCCCAGGAAAAUUCCUCAUUGGACUUCGAGUUGUGACAUGUGACUCAUCAGUUCUGGUUCAGCCCAACCGGGUCCUCGUGGUGCCGGCAACUGACGUGUCUCUGUCCGCAUCAACUGUGCGAGCCCUGAGCAAGAACUUUUCAAUCGCUUUCUUCUUCCCAGCUUUUGUCACGCUUCUGUUCUUCCAGCACAACAGGACUGUGUACGACAUGGUCGCUGGCACCAUUGUUGUCAAGCGCUCCAGGGUCAGAUGACCCAGACGAGCAUCGCCGCCACCUGCAGAGCGCACCGCGUCAAGUGUUUGACACUAAAUAUGAGCAGAACUUAUUUCUGGUUCAUGUGCACCAGGGCUCCAUAAUGAGGACGGAGAGGGUCUUUUGGAUCGCCGAGCCGCAACCUGCACUUGGUUUGUGUCUGACCAAACGGCUGCAUGGGUCUCUGUGCCAAGUUCACGUCUCUUUUUCAAAUAUGACGGGGGGUGAUAUCUGCCUUUUUUUUAAUACUAUUUUAGAUCCGGGGUGAGUGUUUGUUCACGCUAUAUUUCAGUUCGCAAUCUAUUUAUUUGUAGCACGCUAGCCUCAGUGUCAGUGAAAUAAUAAUUUGAAACAUG